AUGACAGGAAAUUUUUGGACUUUGUUCUGUGUGAAUCAUCAUCAGACAUCAAACUGCACUCUUCGGUUUCUCCAGAUAUGUUUCGGUAUUACACUCUCAUUCGUAACUCUCUUUAUUUGCUUGUUUCACAAGGAAUCUCCUAAACCUAAUCACCAAUUCCAUCGUCUUCGAAUCGUCUCUGCUUUGUUCAACGGAAUCAUCGGAUCUCUAGAUUUGAUUUUAGGGAUUUGGGUUUUACAAGAGAAUCCAAACAAGCCCUUAAUUCUCUGGCUCGUGAUUCUCAUUCAAGGGUUUACAUGGUUGUUCAUUAACUUAGUGGUUUGUGUUAGAGGAACAAGAAUCAAGAAAUCGUCCUUGAGAUUGUUAUCUAUUUUCUCCUUCUUUUAUGCUUUAAUCUCGAGUUGUUCUUCUGUGUACAAUUCUGUUUCUGGAGAGGAAUUAGGGAUUAGGAUGGUUCUUGAUGUUUUGUUACUACCUGGUUCGGUGUUAUUACUCUUAAGUGCUUAUAAAGGCUUUAGCUUUGAAGAUUCCGGUGAGAGUAGCUUGUAUGAGCCUCUUAGUUCGAAUGGGUACAACGAAAAAUCCGAUUUUGGUAACCGGGCUAGCGAGUUUGCGAGAGCUGGUUUGUUAAGUAAGUUAUCAUUCUGGUGGUUGAAUUCUCUGAUAAAGAGAGGAAAUGUGAAAGACUUGGAGGAAGAAGAUAUGCCGGAUUUGCGCGAGGAAGAGCGCGCUGAGACGUGUUAUUCUCUGUUUGAGGAGAAUUUCGAUGAGGAAAAGAGAAGAUUAGGGAGUUCUUGUCGGCCUUCGAUCUUGAAAGUGUCUGUUCUUUGUGUAUGGAGAGAGGUUUUGAUCUCUGGUUGCUUUGCUUUUAUGAAGAUUGUUGCUGUUUCUGCUGGUCCUCUGAUUCUGAAUGCUUUCAUUUUGGUCGCGGAAGGCCACGAAAGCUUCAGAUAUGAAGGGCUUGUGUUGGCUGUGUUGCUGUUCUUCUCAAAGUGUAUUGAGUCUUUGUCACAGAGACAAUGGUACUUCAGAAGUAGAAUUGUUGGUUUACGAGUAAGGUCUCUUCUAACUGCAGCUAUAUACAAGAAACAGCUUAGAUUGAAUACUUCUUCAAGACUGAUCCAUUCGGGUAGCGAGAUUAUGAACUACGCGACUGUUGAUGCCUACAGAAUUGGGGAGUUUCCGUAUUGGUUUCAUCAGCUUUGGACAACAAGCUUUCAGCUAAUAAUCGCGCUUCUGAUUCUCUUUCAUUCCGUGGGAGUUGCUACGUUUUCAGCUCUAGCUGUGAUAGUACUUACUGUUCUAUGCAAUGCUCCAAUCGCGAAACUUCAGAACAGGUUCCAAAGCGAGCUCAUGACUGCUCAGGACGAGCGACUCAAGGCCUGCAAUGAGUCUCUUGUCAACAUGAAAGUCUUGAAGCUCUACGCGUGGGAAUCACAUUUCAAGAAGGUUAUUGAGAAGCUAAGGAACAUAGAGUUGAAAUCUUUGAAGGCUGUUCAGAUGCGAAAGGCUUACAAUGCGGUUCUGUUCUGGUCAUCACCGGUUUUUGUCUCUGCUGCAACUUUUGCAACUUGUUAUUUGAUGGACAUUCCAUUGAAAGCAAGUAACGUUUUCACGUUUGUGGCAACUCUGCGUCUGGUCCAAGAUCCAGUAAGAAUGAUUCCCGAUGUGAUCGGUGUGACGAUUCAGGCUAAAGUUGCUUUCAGUCGUAUCGCUACAUUUCUAGAAGCUCCUGAGCUUCAAGGUGGGUUGAGGCGGAGAAAGCAGAGAUCAGAAGGCGAUAGAAACGCGAUCGUGAUUAAAUCUGCGAGCUUUUCGUGGGAGGAGAAAAGUUCAACAAAACCAAACUUGAGAAAUGUGAGUCUUGAGGUUAAGAUUGGUGAGAAAGUAGCUGUUUGUGGCGAAGUUGGCUCUGGAAAGUCUACAAUUCUAGCUGCCAUUCUCGGUGAAACUCCAUGUGUUUCAGGAACGAUCGAUUUCUAUGGCACAAUCGCAUAUGUUUCUCAAACAGCUUGGAUCCAGACGGGGACAAUAAGAGAUAACAUUCUCUUUGGAGGUGUGAUGGAUGAACAACGUUACCGUGAGACAGUUAAAAAGUCUUGCUUAGACAAAGAUCUACAGCUCUUACCUGAUGGAGACCAGACUGAGAUUGGUGAGAGAGGUGUUAAUCUAAGUGGAGGACAGAAGCAGAGGAUUCAGCUCGCUCGUGCGCUUUACCAAGACGCUGACAUCUAUCUCCUUGAUGAUCCAUUUAGUGCCGUUGAUGCACACACUGCUACUAGUUUGUUUAAAGAAUAUGUAAUGGACGCUCUCGCGGGAAAAGCUGUGUUACUCGUCACGCAUCAAGUUGAUUUCUUGCCUGCUUUUGAUUCUGUCUUGUUGAUGUCAGAUGGAGAAAUCAUUGAGGCCGAUACUUACCAAGAACUUCUUGCUAGAAGCAGAGACUUUCAAGAUCUUGUGAACGCUCACAGAGAAACUGCUGGUUCCGAGAGAGUGUUUGCGGUAGAAAACCCCAUCAAACCGGUGAACGAAAUCGCUAGAGUUUCUUCCUUGUACGCUCAGUCCAAGGUCUUGAAACCGAGUCGCUUAAUCAAACAAGAAGAGCGAGAGAAGGGAGAUACAGGGUUGAGACCGUACAUACAGUACUUGAAUCAGAACAAAGGUUACAUAUUCUUCUUAGUAGCAAGCCUAGCUCAGGUCAUGUUUGCAAUUGGACAGAUUCUACAGAAUUCUUGGAUGGCUGCAAAUGUAGAGAACCCCAAUGUUAGUACAUUGAAGUUGAUCUUGGUCUACUUGUUGAUUGGUCUGUGCUCGGUGCUCUGCUUGUUGGUUAGAUCUAUCUGUGUUGUGAUCAUGUGCAUGAAGUCAUCAACUUCGUUGUUUUCUCAUCUUGUAAACUCUCUUUUUAGAGCGCCUAUGUCGUUUUACGACUCCACGCCUCUCGGACGGAUUCUUAGCAGGGUCUCAUCUGACUUGAGCAUUGUAGAUCUUGACGUUCCUUUCGGUCUGAUCUUUGUGGUUGCGUCGACAGUUAACACGGCUUUUAGUCUCGGAGUGCUAGCUAUUGUUACUUGGCAAGUCUUGUUCGUAUCUGUUCCCAUGAUUUAUCUAGCAUUUCGGUUACAGAAGUACUACUUCCAAACAGCAAAGGAGUUAAUGAGGAUCAAUGGCACAACAAAAUCUUUGGUGGCGAAUCAUUUAGCGGAAUCAGUAGCAGGAGCAAUAACAAUAAGAGCAUUUGAUGAAGAAGAGAGGUUUUUCAAGAAAAGUCUCAUACUUAUCGAUACAAACGCUAGUCCUUUCCUCCAUAGCUUUGCAGCUAACGAAUGGCUUAUUCAGCGACUUGAAACCGUUAGUGCCAUUGUUCUUGCCUCCACUGCUUUCUGCAUGGUUCUGCUACCUACAGGAACAUUUAGCUCCGGAUUCAUCGGUAUGGCGCUAUCUUACGGUUUAUCUUUGAAUAUGGGACUUGUUUACUCCGUACAGAACCAAUGCUACUUAGCUAACUGGAUCAUUUCGGUUGAGAGGCUUAAUCAGUACACACAUUUAACACCUGAGGCUCCUGAAGUAAUAGAAGAGACCCGACCACCGGUUAAUUGGCCGGUCACAGGCCGAGUGGAAAUCUCUGAUUUGCAGGUAAGAAUCAGCUGCACAUUCGAAGGAGGACACAAGAUUGGAAUUGUUGGUAGGACUGGUAGCGGAAAGACGACUCUGAUAAGUGCUCUGUUCAGACUUGUUGAGCCCGUUGGAGGAAAGAUUGUCGUUGACGGUGUUGACAUAUCGAAAAUCGGAGUUCAUGAUCUGAGAUCAAGGUUUGGUAUUAUACCUCAGGAUCCGACUCUGUUCAAUGGAACAGUGAGAUAUAACUUGGAUCCUUUGUGUCAACAUUCAGAUGCUGAGAUUUGGGAGGUUCUUGGGAAGUGUCAAUUGAGAGAAGUGGUUCAAGAAAAAGAGAAAGGCCUAGAUUCAUUAGUUGUGGAGGAUGGAUCAAAUUGGAGCAUGGGACAGAGACAAUUGUUCUGUUUAGGCAGAGCAGUUUUGAGAAGAAGCAGAGUAUUGGUCCUUGACGAAGCCACAGCGUCUAUAGACAAUGCCACGGAUUUGAUACUUCAGAAAACAAUACGGCGAGAAUUCGCAGAUUGCACGGUCAUAACCGUAGCUCACCGGAUUCCUACCGUCAUGGAUUGUACAAAGGUUCUCUCUAUAAGUGAUGGACGAAUUGUGGAGUAUGAUGAGCCGAUGAUGUUGAUGAAAGAUGAAAAUUCUUUGUUUGGGAAGCUUGUCAAAGAGUAUUGGUCUCAUUACCACUCGGCUGACUUACGUUGA